GCUACCCCAAAGAUUCCCUGUGGCUCCUGUCAUUGUUUCUCUCUUUUCCCCUCACUCCCUCGUCAACUGAACGGUCACACUACCACCCCAUCGUUACAGGUGCACUGCUCUGACACUGCACACGCUUCUUGCUCGUGCUUGCAGUCGCAGCUAGCCACCAGCCCACCACCCGUCACUGCAUUGCCUCAAGAACCAUCAAUGGGGUUGCCAAGAUCCAUCACCGUUCUUGUGCUCUUGUUCUCGGUCUUGUGGAGAAAAGGGGAGGCGGCGACGUUCACGUUCGUGAACCGGUGCACGGACACGGUGUGGCCGGGGGUACUGUCCAACGCCGGCAGCCCGCCCCUGGAGCCCACGGGGUUCGAGCUCCAGCCGGGCGGGGCGCGCGCGGUGCCGGCGCCGUCGGGCUGGUCCGGCCGCAUGUGGGCGCGCACGGGCUGCGCCCAGGACGGCGCCACGGGGCGGCUCGUCUGCGCCACGGGUGACUGCGGCUCCGGCGCGUCCGAGUGCGCGGGCGCCGGCGCCGCGCCGCCGGCAACGCUGGCCGAGUUCACGCUCGACGGCACCGGCGGGCUGGAUUUCUACGACGUUAGCCUCGUGGACGGCUACAACCUGCCGGUGCUGGUGGAGCCGUCGGCCCCCUUCUCCGGUGCUGCGUCGUGCGCUGCCGCCGGUUGCGCCGCUGACCUGAACGCGAUGUGCCCUGCCGAGCUCCGCGCGGGCGGCGGCGCGGCGUGCCGCAGCGCAUGCGACGCAUUCGCGCGGCCCGAGUACUGCUGCAGCGGCGCGUUCGCGUCCCCGGCGGCGUGCCAGCCCACGGCCUACUCGCAGGUGUUCAAGAGCGCGUGCCCGCGGUCCUAUAGCUACGCGUUCGACGACCCCACCUCAACCUUCACCUGCGGCGGCAGCCCCGACUACACCAUCACCUUCUGCCCCAGCGCCACCCCAAGCCAGAAGUCGACGACCCUGCCGGGCACGACGCCGACGCCGACGGUGAUGCCGGGGACGACGACGACAGUGCCGGGUGCGACGACAGCAGUGCCAGGCACGACGCCGACGUCGGCGACGCCCACGGGGACCAUGCUGCCGGGGACGACGUUCACGGACGCCACCCCGGACAACGCGAUGCCGAUGGGCGGCCUUGGCGUCGAGGGCGGGAACGAAGGUGGCGUGCUCCUCGGCAGCAGCGGCGCCGGUGGCGUUUCUUGGCUCGCCAACAUGGCCACCGGUGACGUGUCCGCCGCCCCGCUGGUAGGCUCAGCUAAACUGGUUGCUCGAUUGGUGGCAGCGUUGCUCUGCCUCCAUUUCCGGCUGCUGCUGCUAUAGUGGCCGCGAUUCUCCUGUUACAAAGCUGGGAUUCGAAGGCUGGUCGAUGGAUCACAAUUUACUGCGAGCGGAUUGCAAUCUAGACGGGGAUAUGAUUGGAUAGGUGGGAUUAGGAGAGAAAUAUUUGCAAUCUGGGAGGAGGGAGAUGAGAUGGUAUUAACACUGUAAAAGCCUGUACCGUUGCAUCAUGAUUGGUGUCUGUAGUGCCUUUGUAGAUUAUGAUUACUGAUUGUUGAUUAGUUCAUUCCAGGGUUAGAUGCUUUUGGUUGGAGUAGUUUAGGGGAGAUGCAUGUAUGGGAUUUGAUUGAUUAAAUCGAUCCUUCUUGUGCUCUGUU